AUGGUGUUGUUAAAGGAUCUGUUAAACCAAGAAGAUAAUAAUUCUUCACUAACUUUUAAACAAGAUGACCAGGAAUUAGGUGUGUCCCAUUUGCCUUCUCCUGCUUUUACCCACUCGACUGUAAAUAGUAGCAAUAGUGAUAAUGACUUGGACGAUGAUGAUUCUUUUGAUACAAAAAUUCAGAAAAAUUUGCCAUCACCCACUAAUACUAUCACAAACGCCACUGGCAUCAAUCAAACUGCUAUAGAUGCUAAAACGGCUGCUGAUUCAUUAACUUCUGCAAAUAUGACUCCUCCUAGUAUACCCACUCCAACUUUAUCAACCAAUUCAACUUCUCCUUCUUCUCCUGCCGCAAAAGAAUUAUCAUGUCAAUGGGCAGAAUGUUCUCACUUAUUUAGUCAACCUGAAUUUUUAUAUCAUCAUCUAUGCCACGAUCAUGUCGGUCGUAAGUCUCAGAGAAAUUUACAACUAAAUUGUCAAUGGGGUAAUUGUAAAGUAAAAACUGAAAAAAGAGAUCAUAUCACUUCUCAUUUAAGAGUUCAUGUUCCAUUAACUCCAUUCAGUUGUAAAACCUGUACCAAAAAAUUUAAAAGACCACAAGAUUUGAAAAAACAUUUGAAAAUUCAUGUUGCUGAUGAUUCUCAAGUAAGAAUCAAGAAAAAAAGAGGUCCAAAGUCAAAAGCAGACAAGGAAAGGUUAUUACAAUUAUCUUUACAAGACUCCACCAUCGCUAACAGUGGUAGUAACAAUCAAAAUUGUCAAAAUUCCCAAUUUUAUAAUAACGACUUACAGAAUAUGAUACCAAAGGAAUUAUUUUCUCAAUGUGAUCCUUCUUAUUCACAACAUGUAAUCUCAAGAUUGCAAACUGUUUUACCUCCUUUAUCUCAUGAAAAUAACCUGAAUGUCAAUAACAAUUUAUACCAUCCUCAACCAUACCAUCAAUUACCUGCUUCUUCAUCCACUGUCUCGAAGGCUAUGUUUUUCUCAAACUUGUCAAGAGAUUUAAACACUCCUGUCAGACCUCCAGUUGUGCAUCAAAAUGUUUCUUAUGUGUACCAAGGUCAAACACCAGUACAACAAACUCAAGUUCAUUAUGCUCAGCUCCAAUCUAAUACUAAUAAUAUUCAACAAAUUGGGCACGAUUCUCAAAACAAGUACCCAGAAUUGCCUCAUUUAUCUUCUUCAUUAUAUAAUUCAACUACAAGUUAUCCACAACAAUAUCCACAACAGCAACAACAACAACAACAGCAAUAUCCACAACAGCAUCAACAACAACACACUUCUGUUCUCCCCCCAUUGAAUCAAAGUCCACAAAUGUUCACUCCUCGUUACGAAUCGUUGCAAAGAUUACCUCACUUCAACGUGCAAUCAAGUUACUUUAGCACUGUUCAAAAGAGUAACGGUAAGGAUAUGGAUGCAUUAGCGGAAGAUGUCUUCAAAUUGUCAAUAGAUAAACAAGAAAAUAAUAAUGAAGAAGAAGACGAAGAAGAAGAAUUUGUAGAUGUAUUGAACACAGUUGAAAUAAUAAAAGACUAUUUGAUAUGUUCCUUACUUGAAGAGGAAUACGAAUCAGAUGAAGAGUUUGAUGAUGACAAGUUGGUAAACCAAUUGAAAUCUGAUACUCCUGUAACUCUAAAGAAAUACCCAAAAAUUUUAGUUUAA